AUGGAGUCCCCUGAAUAUGAGCUGCUGUACCUCAAAGAGAACCCUAAAGCUAUCUUUUUUACAGAUUUUGAUGGAACUAUUACUCUGAAAGACUAUAACUUUGGGUUUGGGAUGGAAAUGCGACGGAAAUUGGAGAUGGAAGUCAUGAAAGGACAUAUGGCUUUCAGAGAUGCAUUCCACGCCAUGCUCCAGAGUGUACAGAUGCCGUUAGCGGAUUGUCUGCGAAUUGUACAGGAUAAUAUUCAGCUUGAUCCCCACUUCCUGGAUUUCUAUUAUUGGGCAAAAGGGUGUAAUAUCCCUAUAGUUGUGCUCUCUUCUGGGAUGACUCCUUUCAUAACCAUGUUGCUGGAGUCCGUUCUGGGCAGCAAUCCAGAAAAUAUAUUUGUUGUUGCCAAUGACGUUGAGCCACACAGCUUCGGCGACAAGACGAGUGGGAGUGGAUGGCGGAUUAAAUACCGUGACGACAGUGCCUUUGGUCAUGAUAAAUCACUCGAGAUCAAGCCGUACUUUGGGCUACCCAGCGGAAAUUGUCCUCUACUUUUUUACGCUGGAGAUGGUGUCUCGGAUUUAUCUGCCGCAUCGCAAACUCACGUUCUUUUUGCAAAGGAGGGUUUGGUAGAUCAUUGCAAGGAAAGGGGAAUUCCGUUUAUCCCCUUCGACAACUGGAGCUCUAUCCUUGACACAAUGCAAGGUAUUUAUGAAGGUCUGUCUAGGGCAGGAAUCACGGGUUAUUCCAACGUUGUAUAA